AUGGUAUGUACGCUGUGGUCUGUGAGUGAUCGCUUGACUAACUUUUCCGGUCUUUGAAGGCUGCACAAGGCUCCUCGGUCCUCCAGUACGGCACUGAGAACCGUACAGGCGCUCAGCUGCUGGAGCGCCGCGCCGACAACUACCCACGAUACGCUCUGAAGCUUUCGGCAGCUCAGAAGGACACCCUCACCCGGUUCUGUCAGGAGCAUCACCUCGGCGGCACCCACGCACUCCCGACGACGACUCAGCUGCUCGCUCUGGCCCAGAAUCUCCAGUUGCUCCCCCAGAAUGAGCGUGCAGACGUGAUCAAGGAGGUGUUGAGACGCAUUGCGAAGAAGGUUGAGGCUGGGGAAGGAUUGGUAGACAAGAAGGGCAAGAAUCGCAUCGUUGGGAGCUUCUGGGACACGGCGACUGACGGGCCAGUGGGGGAUUUGGUGGACAGGGCGGUGGAUGAGUGGACGAUCGCCGUUGCGCAGGUUCGUGAGCCGCAGCAGAAGCAGCCACAGAUCGAGAAGAAGAAGCCGACGAAGUCAAGCACCAUCAGCAAGCCCAAGGACGGUUCUGGUGUGUUGCUCAAGACGGAGCCGCAGCCACCGCAACAGCAGCAGCCCAUGCAGACCGUACCCACCUUCGCCUCUUCCACCGACGCGCGGCGCCAUGUGGAAGAGCUGGUCGGCAAGUACCAAGUUCUCGAUCAGGCGGAGAAGGACCUCAUCGAGCAGCUGCGGAAGUUGGAGAUGUCGUGA